CCUUCUCCUUUUUUCCUAUGGGGAACGAACACGACAAUUUUAGCUCGUCUGAUGGCGACGACGAUCUAAUAGCGCUUGCACGGGAGAUUCAUCCUUGCGCGCGUCCCCCUACGGAUGAAGAGCUGCAAAAUCGGCUGAAUCCAGAUCACUAUAAAAGAUAUGAACACGUCUCUAAACUGUGGAAGACGUUCUGUGCCAAAAUCCUUCAAUGGGAUGAGGAUAAGUGUUUUUCUUCAAUCCUAAGUGUACCGCAAAUCCAGAUAUUUCUCAGGUGGAUUGCCCGCUAUGCAAAAGGGACGAUUGACCAGCGUAUUACCGAUGUUACCCUGAUGCACCGAUUCAACACUCUGAAGAUAAGGGAUCACAAGGACAUUACGAACUUCAUCAAACGUGAUCUUGUCCACGAGAAACGGAUCUCAACUAAAGUUCGUCAAAAGCCAAUCGCUCCGUUUGCGGUUGCAGAGGAUCUUGUAACCUUCCUAUGGAAAGCAGAUGAGUAUGACUUUCUGCACUCAAGGGCCCGAUUGCAGCUUGCUUUCCUCAUCGUUAUCCUUGCCCUAUCUGGAUGUCGGCUUGGAGAGAUUAUAGAAUCGAGCACAUAUGCAGGAAGUAAUGAGAGCCUCUACUACAAAGACUUUGAAUUAGGUUGGAAGUCAAUGAAAGCGUACACUGGAUACUUUGUUCUUCUCCAAUUGCGCGUCCGAAAAGGGAUACGGAAUCAUGAAAAGCAUGCAUAA